CGGAAAGUGGAAGCGGGAGCGAAUAGAGAGGGGGAGGGAGAAAAGAGAGAGAGAGAGAGGUCGCGCCGUCUUCUCCAUUGCGGAGUAGAACCAGCUCUCCCCCUCCUACUAUUCCGGGAAGCUCAGCGGAGUAUUACGAGCAGCACUAUGCGCCCUUCAAUCUGUCAUAUUCCUUUUCUUCUUCUGCUACUGUUGCAUGUGGUUAUUGCUAGACCAUUCUUCCCAUUACCAAGUAAGACUAGUAAUGAGGUGAAGAAGCCCAUACAGACGUUUCGACCAUAUAACAUUGCUCACCGUGGCUCAAACGGGGAAAUCCCUGAGGAAACAACUGCUGCUUACCUGCGAGCUAUUGAAGAAGGUGCAGAUUUUAUAGAGACUGACAUCCUUGCUAGCAAAGAUGGGGCAUUGAUAUGCUUUCAUGAUGUAACACUUGAUGAUACAACUGAUGUUUCGAGCCAUAAGGAGUUUGCUAAUCGAAGGAGAACCUAUGAGGUGGAAUGGUCCAAUGUUACUGGCUGGUUUGUAGUCGACUUCACUCUUGAUGAACUUAAAACACUGAAAGUGAAGCAACGGUAUUCGUUCAGAGAUCAACAAUACAAUGGUAAAUUUUCAAUCAUCACAUUUGAAGAAUUCAUUUCAAUUGCCUUAGAUGCAAGCAGAACCGUUGGAAUAUAUCCAGAGAUUAAAGACCCCAUUUUUAUCAACAAGCAUGUAAAAUGGGCAGAUGGAAAGAAGUUUGAGGACAAGUUUGUAGAUACCUUACUAAAGUAUGGAUAUAAAGGUCAAUAUAUGUCCGAAUAUUGGCUAAAACAGCCAUUGUUUAUACAAUCCUUUGCUCCUACUUCCCUUGUACAUGUAUCAAAAUUGACAGACUCUCCAAAGAUCUUUCUUAUUGAUGAUUUCAUUGUGAGAACACAAGACACGAACCAGUCAUACUGGGAAAUCACUUCAGAUGACUACCUUGCAUACAUUAGUAAUUAUGUUGUCGGCCUUGGUCCAUGGAAAGAUACUGUCGUGCCAACUGCCAAUAACUACUUGAUGGCACCAACUGAUCUUGUUGCAAGAGCACAUGCUCAUAAUCUCCAGGUACACCCUUAUACAUACAGGAACGAGAACCAGUUCCUGCACUUCAACUUUCAUCAGGAUCCCUAUGCUGAGUACGAUUUCUGGAUAAACACAGUGGGCGUUGAUGGAUUAUUCACAGAUUUCGCUGGAAGCGUACACCAGUACCAAGAACUGAUAUCCCCACACCCGAAGAAUGCAACUGCAAACAGCCUCUUAGGGAGGAUAAGCUGGAGAGGGCCCAACAAACUGUUCCAUGGCGAGAGGCUUGGAAGGAUAAAAAAUUUCAGGCCACACAGUCUGAGCAGAGGAAAGAUGGAGGCGGGGGCAGCUCUGGCUCGGCCGCCGGAGUACACCUCUGCCGGCGUACUGCUUACAGGCAGAACAUCGUUAUUUCUCCACCAGAGGCGAUCGCGCAAGGCAACGGCAUUCGCAGCCCCACCCGUGGUGGCCGCGAGCUUACCACGGAGGAGAAUUCAACGACGAGGCCCCGGAACAACAAAGGUUGUCGCGGCGGCACGGAGGAGAAGGGCGGACAUCCAGUCGGACACGUACGUGCUGCUGGAGCCCGGGAUGGAGGAGGAGUUCGUGUCCAAGGAGGAGCUGGAGGCCAGGCUGAGGGGGUGGCUGGAGAGGUGGCCGGGGGACGAGCUGCCGCCGGACCUGGCCGUGUUCGACACGCUGGACGACGCCGUCUCGUACCUCGUCAGGUCCGUGUGCGAGCUCGAGAUCGACGGCGAGGUCGGGUCUGUGCAGUGGUACCAGGUUCAGCUGGAAUAGCAAACCACUACUUGCGUGGCGCAUCGUUUCUGUAACGAGUUUUGGCCCCCGAAUUUUUUUUUUGCCUUUUGGCAGGCAGGCAUAUGAAUGAAUUCUAUGGGAAUUUUCAGAGAAAUUGCUCGCUUUGCGUUGGAAA